UAUGCCUUGGAGAAAUACCUAAGCUAACACUAUUCUCCAUUUUCUUUUUACUGUUUUCUGGGUAAUAUCACAUAGAUGGAAAAUGAAGAUGGCUAUAUGGUAUUGGAUUAUAGGAAUAUUUUAAAAUCCAGACAGAGGCCUAAAGAUUUCUCCCUGUAUCCACGAUAUCAUCGUCUUAUGCUAGUAUUUGGCUGUAUUGGGUUCCUUAUUUUCAUGAUCACACUGAUUUGCCUGAACUUUUGGGGUGAGUAUGGAACAAAAAAAAUGGAUUUCUCCCAGAAAGUAAAUAUCAGCCAUCUAGCAGGAAAUAAUUAUUUGUGCCCAAAAUGCUACAGGUUUUCAAUUUCUUCUAAAACUUGGAAUGAGAGUCAACACAAUUGUGAAAAUCUACAGGCACAUUGACCAGUGAUCCAAACUCUGAAUGAGCUGAAGUUCAUACAGAAGACUUUAAAACCUGGAAAUCCUGGUUGGAUUGGACUACAUAGUACAUCCCCAGGAAAACAAUGGAUGUGGAUAAACAAAUACCUUUUUGUGGAACAAAAUGAUUUUCUCAUGAUUGAACCAACGGAUCACGAGAGCUGUGCUGUCAUAACAGGAAAGCAGGUAUAUUCUGAGGACUGUAACUCCAAAUUUAAUGGCAUUUGCCAAAGAGACGCUGUCUGAACAAUGAAAACAAAUCUGUGCAUUUAAAUAAA